AGUUGUUGGCGCAGGGCUGCAGGGCUGCAGCGCGAGGACGGUGGUGUGGCGUAGCAUCGAUUUUUGAAGCUCUUGUGCGGUACUCGUGAUGCAGAUCUUCGUCAAGACCCUCACGGUGAGAGGGCGGGGUGCAAUGCCUGGUGGGGGGGCGGGGAGGGCUGCAAAGGGCGCGGGGGGACCUCUGCUGUGCUCUGCUGUGUGUGCAGGGCAAGACUAUCACGUUGGAUGUGGAGCCCUCCGACACCAUCGAAAAUGUCAGCUGUCUGUCUGUGUGUCUGUCUGUCUGACUGCACGGGCAGAAGGCAGGCGGGCAUUGACUGGACAGGGCAGCGCUUGUGUGUGUGUGUGUGUGUGUGUGUGUUGCAGGUGAAGGCAAAGAUUCAGGACAAGGAGGGCAUCCCGCCCGACCAGCAGAGACUCAUCUUCGCUGGUGGGUACAGACCCCACACACACAUAGACACACGAACACACACACAGAGAUGCCCACGGCGCCCUCCCUCCCGUCUCAUGCCUUGCUUGUUGUGUGCAGGCAAGCAGUUGGAGGACGGGCGCACGUUGUCUGACUACAACAUCCAGAAGGAGUCGACGCUCCACCUGGUGCUGCGCCUCCGGGGCGGUGACCUCGUCAUGCGUGCCGCGCGACGGGUGCAGCGGGCAUGGAGCGACUUCCACUACUUCGGGGAGCCCUGGACCGGGCUGCACUGGUAUGGUAAGUCAAAGACCAACAAAACACAGGCACGGCACACACAGACACCUCCAGGUCUUUUGGUGGUGGGCAGACCUACACACCGACACAUUGACACAGUGGCACCGACACGAAUGGUCGUUUCGUUUUCGUUUGCAUGUCAUGUCAUGUUAUCAGGUGUGUACUGCGGGUCGAACAUCUACGGCUGGUGGUGGAUCCACAACAACUACAGCAAGGACUACGCUGAGACCACCUCCAAGCCCGUCCAGAAGCUCGACGGCCGCUGGGCCGAACUCGCGGAAAUCAAGAAGAAGGUCGACGAGCGGAACAACGUGGUCCCCGGACAGAUCCUGCCCAGCGGCAAGAUGAAGGCCUAACCAACAAACUAACUAACACCCAACCAGUGGUCAAUAGGUAGGCAGGCCUGUCUUGACAGAGGGGCGGUACACGCGAUGGGUGUCUGUUGGGUGUAUGUGUGUGUGUGCAGGGGUGCUUGCUGGCGGGGGUGGGUAGGGUGAGUGGGGUGUGGCGGGUCGUGCGUGUGUUGUGUACGACGUGUUGCCGUAGUGGUGUGGGAGUGAGUGAGUCACACGGACUCAUUCCUUCAUUCAUUCGUGAGAGCGGCUGCUUUGUAUCCCUUCCCCCCCCCCCCCC